UGAGGCGGCCAUAUUUGUUAAAUUCAUUUUAAAUUUUCGUUGUGUUACGUUCGUCUCUGCUUCGUUGUUUCUGAACUUUAUCAAAAUGCGUGAAUGUAUCAGUGUACAUGUUGGUCAAGCUGGUGUACAAAUGGGAAAUGCUUGUUGGGAGUUGUAUUGUUUAGAACAUGGUAUUCAACCUGAUGGACAGAUGCCAAGUGAUAAAACUAUUGGAGGUGGUGAUGACUCGUUCAAUACAUUCUUCAGUGAAACAGGAGCUGGAAAACACGUGCCACGAGCUGUUUUCGUAGAUUUGGAACCAACUGUAGUAGAUGAAGUGCGAACUGGUACUUAUCGUCAACUUUUCCAUCCAGAACAAUUAAUAACUGGUAAGGAGGAUGCUGCUAAUAACUAUGCUCGCGGUCAUUAUACAAUUGGGAAGGAAAUAGUGGACUUAGUUUUGGAUCGUAUUCGCAAGUUGGCUGACCAGUGUACUGGACUUCAAGGAUUUCUGAUUUUCCAUUCAUUUGGCGGUGGUACUGGUUCUGGGUUCACAUCUUUACUGAUGGAACGUUUGAGUGUGGAUUAUGGCAAAAAAUCGAAAUUGGAGUUUGCUGUGUAUCCUGCACCACAGAUUGCUACAGCUGUGGUUGAACCAUAUAAUUCCAUUUUGACUACACAUACAACAUUAGAACAUUCUGACUGUGCUUUCAUGGUGGACAACGAGGCCAUUUAUGAUAUUUGUCGACGGAAUCUAGAUAUAGAGCGUCCAACCUACACAAAUUUAAAUCGUCUAAUUGGUCAGAUAGUGAGUUCCAUUACUGCAUCACUGCGCUUCGAUGGUGCGCUAAAUGUGGAUUUGACGGAAUUCCAAACUAAUCUGGUACCUUAUCCUCGUAUCCACUUCCCGUUGGCUACCUAUGCACCAGUAAUUUCAGCUGAGAAGGCUUACCACGAGCAGUUAAGCGUUGCAGAAAUCACAAAUGCAUGCUUCGAACCAGCAAAUCAGAUGGUGAAAUGUGACCCUCGUCACGGCAAAUAUAUGGCGUGCUGUAUGUUAUAUCGUGGUGAUGUUGUCCCCAAGGAUGUCAACGCUGCCAUAGCAACAAUAAAAACUAAACGUACUAUCCAGUUUGUGGAUUGGUGUCCAACAGGUUUCAAGGUAGGUAUAAACUACCAACCACCAACAGUUGUUCCUGGCGGUGAUUUGGCAAAAGUUCAACGUGCUGUCUGCAUGUUGAGUAAUACAACCGCAAUAGCCGAAGCUUGGGCGCGUUUAGACCAUAAAUUUGAUUUAAUGUACGCAAAACGUGCAUUUGUACACUGGUAUGUUGGUGAAGGUAUGGAAGAGGGUGAAUUCUCUGAGGCUCGUGAAGAUCUGGCCGCACUCGAGAAAGAUUACGAGGAGGUCGGUGUUGACAGCGUUGAUGGCGAGGGUGAAGGGGAAGGUGAAGAGUAUUAGGUUUCAUUUCUUUUGAGUGUUAUGUUUCUGGUUGUUAUUCGUUCCUAAUAUACUUAUCUUAUAACU